AUGACUGACUUGUUUGACAUGGAUGGAGUUGGAAUACCUAUUGAAAAUGGAUUCAAAAAUUUGAAUUUUAGAGAUAGAGAAUUAGAGCCUGUUUCAAAUCUAAAUUAUAAAUUAUUAGACUCACCGGAUCUUGACAACUUCCCAAAACAAAAAGACGAGAGUGACACGGAUAACCAUGAUAUUAAUGAUUAUUUCCCAUCGCAGAGCAAACCAAUACAUAUCGAUAGUCAAAGAAGUACUUUUCAAACGCAACUGCAAUUUCUUGAACCAGGUAAAAGACCACGCAGAAAGUCUUCUAUUGUAUCUUCAUACGAAAUUACAAUAGGGAAAGAAGAUUACAUUUCAUCAAGUUUAAUCGUGGAUAAUACACCAAGGUUGUCGGGUCUAUCAGAAGAAAAUUUGAGAACAUUAGAAGUUUAUAAACCUAAACUAACUGAUUUUGAACCUAUCAAAGUUUUGGGUAAAGGAAGCUACGGAAAAGUUUUACUUGUGAGAGACUUAAGAAAUGGAAAAUUGUAUGCGCAAAAGCAACUUUUAAAAGCAUCAAUGAUUGUUAAUAGGGAAGAAGAUGAUGAUGAAGAAGAGACAUCUGACUCAAUCGAUCCAAAUAAUCCAAAAUUUCACAACAAAAAUUAUCAAAGAACUUUAAAUGAAAAACAAAUUUUGGAAAUUGUCAAUCAUCCAAAUAUUGUUAAACUAUUUUAUGCCUUUCAAGAUAAUAAUAAAUUGUACUUAAUAUUGGAAUAUUUACAAGGUGGUGAAUUAUUUCAUCAUUUAUCAAUGGAAAAGUUUAUGAGUGAAAAAAAUGCGGCCUACUACCUAGCUCAAUGUAGUUUAGCAUUACAUUAUUUACACACGAGAGUCAAAGUAAUUUAUAGGGACUUGAAACCUGAAAAUUGUAUGUUAAAUUCAGAUGGAAAUUUAGUAUUAACAGACUUUGGAUUAAGUAAAGUCGCAUCAGAAGAAGAGAAAUUGAAUUCAAUGACUGGAACAAUUCAGUAUAUGGCUCCGGAAGUCAUAUUAGGUGAAGAAUAUGAUUAUUUGGUUGACUGGUGGAGUUUGGGUUGUGUCGCGUUUGAUUUAUUAACUGGGUCACCACCAUUUUCUGGUCUGAAUCCUGAUAAAGUUUUACAAAAAAUCAAAAAUUCUAAAAAGACAUUAAAAUUCCCAUUUUAUUUAAGUACUGAUGCAAAAGAUAUAUUGAGAAAAUUAUUACAAAUUGAUCCAGAGAAAAGAUUCAAUGUAGAUGAAGAUUGGGAAAAAUUCAAAAAGCAUAAUUUUUUCAGGCAUGUUGAUUGGAAACAUUUGGAAAAUAUUGAAACUGUUCAAGUACAAGAUUCAGAUAAUUGUACACUACCACCAAUAUUACCGAUUAUCACAGACCCUAUAUUAGCUGAAAAUUUUGAUUCAGAGUUUACAGAAAUGGAUUUUACUCCUCAUCAAAGUUCCAAAUAUUUAAAUUCAACUCCUCGACAAGGUACAUUUUAUAUGAAAGACUUUUCAUAUAUAAAUCCAAAAUUCAUAGAUAUCAUACACAAAUAA